AUGGCGGAUCCAUCCUGGGCCUUGACGUGGAGCAAUCUGCAGGAGAUCUUUGGGGAAUGUGAGCAGCGGGGCUUUCCCUGCGCGGGCUUCCGCCACGGCAUCUUCAUCGAGACGGGCACGUUUCUGGGCCAGACGGUGGUGGCACUGUCCCCGCACUUCACUGAGCUACACACCAUCGAGCUCAGCAGGCAAUGUUUCGAGGCCGCCAAGCUGUUCGCCUGGAAGGCAGCACGGCCCAUUCACUACCACUUGGGACAUUCCGCCCGCGUCCUGGAGACGAUCCUUCCAAAGGUAUCAGGCCCAGCAGUGCUGUACUUGGAUGCUCAUUGGUCAGGCUCCGUCACCAAAGGCUUGGGGGAUGAGAUACCCUUGACGAAGGAGCUGAGUUUGGUCAGUGAGUUGCUUCCACAUGCCUCGCUUGUGAUCAUCGAUGACUUGGAUCUGUUUGCAAAGAUCAACAGCUUUGAAGCCAUCGAUGGAGGAACUGGGCUGGCCACUGGGCAUCACUCGGCAGAUUGGCGCUCGAUUACCUGUGACUCCCUGCAGAUGAGCUGCUCUCGCCGGGCCCAUGGUUGUUUCCAGCUGCCGAUGCAAAAUCGCUUCAUCAUCAUGCUGCACCCAUGCGGUGGACGAUCGGCGGAAGAGCCUGCAGCUAUUGACACGAAGCAGGUGGACCGACCCAUGGGAGCUUUCUGUCAGGACUUGGUUCUGCGGUCCAUGUAUGCUGGAGCGUCCACUGGUGGUGGAGCAGCACUAGAUGUGUCAGCACCUACGAACUCCGUCUGGAUUUCGAUGCCAGGGAAAGCUUUGCAGUCGGAAGGUAUUGAGAACGUACGGGCGCAAGGACGAUGGUGGAGGCACAUUGCUGAUGCGAUUGAGAAGGAAUACUCCAACACUUUGGGGCAUGCUUCCAGCAAUUUCAAAAAUCUCCAGGAUCGAAUGCAAGAAGAACGAACAAAGACUGCAAAACUAUGUCAGAAAUCCGUCGAGAAGACUUUGACUCGGGAUCAGUGCAUGGCCUUGCAUGAUGAUCUUAUACAGGCUUUCCUGAACAUGCCUUUUCAGAAGAAACUGGCAGCUGCCUGGGCCGCAGCAAAGGGAGACGCAGCCAAAGAACAGAAAUGCAAACGCGAGCUGUGCUUGCCGCUUCAGCUUCCCAUCAUGGAGAAGUACGGAUUUGAGAGGUCUGAGAAGGGCGUCUUCAAGUGCCUCUGGUCAGUUCGCACAACUUUCUUCAACUUCAAGACGGAGGAAGACGUUGACCACGAGAUCAUGAUCAGAGCCGUUUUCUUGGACUUCCUCGUCAGUCCAGGUAGAGAUCCUCAUCCAAACGUGGUCCAAUUCGCCAUCUCGACCUUUCCGAACGAAUAUGCCGUGUUAUCUGAGAUCCGAGAACAGGCUCUGAGCAAAAGCAGCUAG